AUGGAAGCAAAAACAAAUUAUCGCGGUCUCGGACGCCGCAAAACUUCAACCGCUCGCGUUCUGCUAAUGCUAGGUCAGGGCAAGUUUACCAUUAACAAAAAGCCAGUUGAAGACUACUUAAAAUCGCCGCUACUAAUCAAAGACACUUUGCAACCAUUCACGCUGACCAACACCGAAAAUCAGUUUGACAUCAAAGUCAAUGUUAGUGGUGGAGGACUAGCCGGACAAGCCGGGGCAAUUCGCCUUGGCAUUGCCCGCGCUCUUUUAGAAGUUUCACCUGACUACCGCACUCCGCUUAAGAAAGCCAAAAUGGUGACUCGCGAUCCACGCCCUCAAGAAGCGGCUGCCGCUGGGAUUGAAGAAGUCAUUUUAGUUAUCUCGCCCCGUAAGUUAGAUGUCAUUAAGUAUUUCACGCUUAACGAUCCGCUUGAAUCCGAACUGCGCGAAAAAGGCAAGGUAACUUUGCUGAAAAAAGUCGUCGAAACUAACCAAUUAGUCAAAGUAUCAAUCGCGAUCCAAAAUAAACAACUCGGCAUUGGCCAUGCUAUUUCGGUUGCUUACGAUCUGCUACGCGACGAGCCUUUCGCCGUCAUUCUUGGCGACGAUCUUUUUGUCUCCAAAAAACCGGCCAUCUGUCAGUUGAUUGACGCUUAUAACCAAACUGGUUCAACGGUCAUCGGCGUUCAAAACGUUAGUUCCGAAAAAGUUCACUUAUACGGCGUGGUCAAGCCAGUCAGCGAUUUGACUCCCGAGCGCAAUCUUUUCAAAAUAUCCGGCGCGGUGGAAAAGCCCUCAGCCCAGGAAGCGCCGAGCCACUACGCGGUGAUGGGUCGCUACGUGUUCACGCCCAAAGUGAUGGAAAUACUGCUUGAACUUAAACGCAGUUGGCAAAGCAAGCAGGGCGAAUUGAACGUGAUUGAUGCGCUGGACCAGCUUCAACAAAGUCACGAAAGCGUCUAUGCGCUUGAGCUAGAAGGUCAGCGCUACGACCUUGGAUCGAUGGAAGGAUUUGUCAAGGCUAACAUUGAUUUAGCACUUGACGACCCCGAAAUUGGUCCUGCCAUUAGCGAGCACAUUCGCACUAACGCCAAGAAAAUCUUGGCUUCCUAA